UGAUGACAGGGAAAGCAUUUCUAUCAAUUUAUUUCGACUUUAUUCACUUUUUAAAAUUCAUAUUUUGUUUUUGUUGAAAAUGGAAAAAUAAACUGUGUGUGAAUGUGAACAUUUAUACGAAUUUCGGUUAUUAAAACAACGGAUUGGUAUGGUAAAAGCUUGGUCAAAUUAAAUCGAAAGAAAAUGAGUCCUAUUUCUAAGAAAAGAACGAGAAUGAAGUCAAUUAAUAGUUUUCCAUUAUGAUGGUCAAAGCUCGAAACUUUUUCUUCAAAUUCUAAGCUCACAUGAAAGCUAAAAAAAAGACACUUGAUUUCAAAACGUUUUUAGAUGUCGGCCAUGGGUCAAAAGUGUUCGAAGCCUCAGCAUUUAACUGAAGUUCGAAAUAGUUCCGAUUUGUGCACCAGAAAGGAUGGAAAGAACAAGAUCCAAAAUCAGUAUCAGAAAAAUUCUGAUAGUCAGUUGGUACCCGACUGGAUACACAAGUCCCAAUUUAUUGAGAUUCUAAAAGAAAAUGUUCCCGAGUUUGCCAGAAUUGAGAACUUUUUGGUGAAACCAGCAUUAAGUGCAGGCGAGAACUAUUCGUCCUUAAUGUUGCGAGUAAUCAUUGAUAUAAAGUUAACAGAUAAAACCAUAAAGCCUAUGUCAUUCAUGAUGAAAGUGCCUCAUGAAUCGGCCAAAAUGCAACAAAUGUUAAAAACCGUCAACUUUUUUACUGUGGAGAAUGCAACAUAUACUGAACUAAUAUCGAAGUUCGAGGACAUUUAUAAGGCCAAAGGUAUAAGCAUCACGUUCGCUCCACGAACCUACAAGUUCAAAGAGAGCCUUAAAUAUGAGCCCAAAUUGGCGAAUUCGGUGCUCAUGUAUGAUCUAAGCCAGGAUGGCUACAGAAACCUCAAUCGAAUGGAUUGCCUCAAUAUGGAGGAGAGCAAGUUUGUACUUCGCAAGCUUGCACAAUACCAUGCAGCCGGAGCACAUUGUCGCGUCAUUCAUGGGCCCUAUUCAGACGUUUUUACUCAGCCCAUGUUUGGUUCCAGCAAGGAGAGAGCCCUCACCAUACUGAACGGCAUAAUGGGACCUUUUAAGAAAAUGUUUCUAGGUCAUCUUAAAAACUUUAAGGAUGGCGACAAAUACUAUGACAAAUUUGAACAUCUUUUCUCCAAAAUGAGUCAGAAAUUCCUUAAACUAAGUACCUAUGAUCCCAAUGAGUUCAAUGUGAUUAAUCAUGGUGAUUGUUGGAUUAAUAAUCUGCUCUUCAAAUUUGGGCCGAAUAAGGAAUUAGUCGAUGUAAUUUUUGUUGACUUUCAAUUGCCAAAAUAUGGACACCCCUCAACGGAUUUACUCAACUUUAUCAUGACUUCUGUGCACAUUGAUCUCAAAUUAAAGGAAUUCGACUUUUUUAUCAAAUACUACCACGAUCAUCUGAUUGAGCACCUGCUCCUGUUAGGCUAUUCGGAGCGAAUGCCUACCUUAAAGGAACUUCAUUCGCAGCUGUAUAAAUAUGGAAUCUGGGCAAUUACAGCUUCUGUUAUGGUGCUGCCAAUUGUUCUACUGGAUCCCAACGAAGAAGCACUUGAAGGUGCCCAGUUCAAGAACAUGUUGUACACCAAUAGCCGUUAUAAGACUCAUAUUGAGAAAAUAUUACCAUGGCUAGACAACCGGGGUCUGUUAGAAGAAUAAAAGUAUAAUGAUCAUACUCGACGCAGCAAUUUCAGAAAUGUAAAGAUUAGAGCA